AACAAACGUUUUCUGACUUCUGAUAUUGAACAACAAAUAAACGGAAGAGGAAAAAUCAGUCUCGCAACGGGUUGUUUACAGGCUUUAUUCAAGCACCCAGAAUUGAAAUUCACUCAUGGGUAUGGUGUGGAACUCAACCGCCCGUUGGUUUGGUAUUCAAAGUGGAAGUCGUUUCGUUCCUUGGAUGGACGAGAAAAAAACAUCAAAUUUAUUUGCCAGGAUAUGUGGAAAGCAAACCUGUCAGAAUUCCAGACCAUUGUUGUGUUUGGCGUAGAGUCGAUGGUAAGCACUUUAGUUUGUGUAUGCUGGUGA